AUGGAUCUGAAGGUAGGGGACGGGAAGGCCUGUGAUGGCGAUGGCGAUAUUGGCGACUCGAUUCCGGGAUGUCCGACUGACGGACGCGACGGGUUGAGAACUCAUCACCGCUUGUCGUUAUUCUGGUGGUCCGGCGAGGUUCGACAGAGGUCGGUGGUUUUUCUGGUGGUCCGGCGAGGGUCGUCGGUGUUAAUGGCCGGGGCGACGGCGAGUGUGGAGGAAAGGGGCGGCGGCUGGAGCAGAAGAAAGGGGCGGCUGGAGCAGAAGAAAGGGGCGGCGGAGAGAGUGGAGUAUACGGGCGGCUGCCGGUGGCAGUGGUGGGUGGCAGGUGGCAGCAGGUGGAGGUCGUCGGUGGAUAGUGCGGUGCAUUUGCAUGCUUAUGAAAGAGGUUAA